AUGAGUGCCCAGCUUUCGCGUAGCUCGCUGAAUUUCGAGAACGUUCUUAACGAGAUUCGGGAUAAAGUGGCACGAGCUCGAGUCGAAGAUUCUGACAUCGAGAUUAAGGUGAAAAUUGAUCUGCGUCCUCUGGGUCCUUGCACUCCACUCAACGAGGAGCACUACACCGAGACAGUCAAGCAGACGACCAACCACCGUUCAAAGGCAUCGAACAAGGAGCAACGAGGCGCGCCGAAAUCAAAGAACCUGUCAGGACCUGUGAAGAAAAGUGUUGAACGACUCGCGGUGACUUCUCUGGCACCCACUGAUGGAUGGCUUUGGCCUAAAACCACUCCACGCACUGCUGUCUCGCAAACGACGAUCUACGAGAACGCGGACAUCACCGACUCGAUUCCACCACCAGCGCCACCGCUCCCAGAGCAAACGCGGAAAACG